CCCGCUGCGCGCAUCACCGCCGCCGCCGCCGCCGCCACACCGCCAUCACCACCUCCGCCACCUUCGCCUCCGCCUUCGUCGCCGUCGCCGCCGCCGCAGCUGAAGGCUGAUGGAGAAACCGCAAAGCGGGUCCGCGACCGCGACUGCGGACGCGGCCAUACCACUGCCCGUCAACAAUAACAACCAUGCAUCGGAGACAUCCGAUUUGUUGGCGCCCAAUCAAGUACUGAUGCGCUUGCCGCCUCAGAAGUCUAUCGAUAUUCGAUUCGAUAACUUGGGUUACACGGCGUCCCUGGGCUUCAGGAAAGGAAGAAAGAAAAUUUUACAUGAAGUAUGUGGGCGACUACCACCAAGUCAGCUCAUUGCAAUCAUGGGCCCGUCUGGCGCAGGGAAAAGUACACUCCUGGACAUUCUUUCAGGAUACAGUGGAUUAGACAGUUCAUCGUGCACCCAGUGUGUGUCUCUUCUACAAGUGUUGGCACGUCAAGGUCGUACCAUAGUAUGCACAAUUCAUCAGCCAAGUGCAUCACUCUUCCAAUUAUUUGAUCAAGUCUAUGUACUGUCUCAAGGAGAAUGUUUAUACCAAGGAGCCACAGACAAGUUGGUUCCAUUUUUAGAAAGUAUCGACCUACCCUGCCCAAUGUAUCACAAUCCCGCUGACUACGUUAUUGAGCUGGCUUGUGGAGACUAUGGGGAUGAUGAAAUUGAUAAAAUGGUGCAAGGUUCAGAAAAUGGUCGAAAUUUACAGUGGUUUAAAAAUCCUGAAAAACUAGCAUACCAUAAACCAAAACGAGCCCCGAGACCUGACACACCCAAAUUACCACAGUCACUACAGGCAACUUCUCAGAUGAAUCAAGUGAGAGUUCUUCUUCGCAGAGGAUUUUUAAAAACCAAGCGUGAUGCAACUUUGACCCACAUGCGAAUAUUGGUGAAUAUUUUGACAGGUAUUAUGUUAGGAGUUUUGUUCAUCCAAGCUGGUAAUGAAGGAUCACGGGUAUUAGACAAUUACAAUCUACUAUUUGGAAUACUUAUGCAUCACAUGAUGACAACAAUGAUGCUUACUAUUCUUACAUUUCCUAUGGAGAUGAACAUACUAAAAAAAGAGCAUUUCAACCGUUGGUAUUCUCUAAAGUCCUACUAUAUAUCUAUUACCAUUGUGGAUCUUCCUGUUGCAAUCCUGGGUUGUAUAUUAUUUUCAUUUUUGGUAUAUUUCAUGAGUGAUCAGCCCGCUGAUGCACAACGAUUUUCAAUGUUUUUUGCAAUCAGCAUGCUGGUAGUUUUUGUGGCACAAAGUUUUGGAUUGAUGAUUGGUGCAGUUUUUGAUGUUGUGAAUGGAACAUUUCUUGGGCCAACACUUUCAGUACCAAUGAUGAUGUUUGCUGGUUUUGGUGUGAGUCUGCGAGAUUUACCCGUUUAUUUGAAAUGGGGAAGUUAUAUUAGUUAUUUACGAUAUGGUCUCGAAGGUUAUGUAGGUGCUAUUUAUGGACUAGAUCGACCCAAUUUAGCAUGCAAGCGAGGUUAUUGCCAUUACCGUUACCCUACAAAGUUUUUGAGAGAAAUUGCAAUGGAAGGUGAUCAAUUUUGGAAUGAUGUUCUUGCUCUAGUUGUUAUAUUGGUGUUGUUACGAAUUGCAGCUUAUGUUCUUUUGCGAUGGAAACUUGUUGCUGUACGAUGAGUGUGGAAAAAAAACGUUAAAUAAAAUGGUUGAAUUUCAAUAAUAUUUGUGAACAAAACCAAACAAACUGUUCACUAGAGACUCAUCAUAUAAUAACCUGGAGGAAUAUCCUCAAAUGUAAGAGAAAGUAAAGUUUGAUUCUCUCUCUCUUGGUAGUUCCAAGAUAAAAUGUGCACUUCAUAAGUGAAUAGGACAGGUCCUCUUGCAUUUCUUAAUAAUUAAUUAUAAAUAAUGAUAAAUAUACACAUUACAAUUCCACAUUCAGUGUAGUGUUGGUAUGGUGGUAUAUUAUUAAGUUUGUUAUUUUCAACUACUGACUAUAUAGUAGUUGAAGAUGGGGAAAAAGUAUGAGAUCUAUUAAGUUUUCAGUACUUUCAGAGAUAAAAUAAAGGGAAUAUGUUUGAAAAAGUAAAAGUCCUUUAAAAAGCACACACACAAACAUGUCUUUUCAAAUUUAAAAAAUUUAGAAGACUGAAAGAAAAGUAAACAUAGUGCUACUAGUAGUUGUGGUAGUAGUAAUAAUGUUGUGAAGGAAAAGAAAGAAAGAAAGAAAGAAAGAAAGGAAGAAAGAAAAAAGUGAGGUAAUCAACAUAAAACUCAAUUGAAAAUAGAACCACAUGUUGCAGUGUUGAGUCAAAAGUUUUUCAUGUACAAUUUACAUAUAUCCUUUAAAGUGAAAAAAAGACUGCUUUUUAUUUAUUUUGUACUAUUUGUUGAUAUUACAAUAAUGGCAAAAUAUAACUGGAAGUUAUAUUGUAUAUAUUCCUUACUUAAAUUACAAAUGUCACAAGAAGAUUAUAUUUUAUUUAUUAUAAUGAAAAAUAAAAUUGAACAAAUUG